AUGGCGAGACACGAAAUCGGUGAUAAACCAUUUAAACAUUUAGUAUUACAAAUCUGUUCAAUUUAUCCUCUUGGGAGUCGUUCUUCUACAGUUGUAUUCAGUGUAGUGAUGUUUGAUCAGCUGUUUCUUAUUGUUAAAACUAUUUAUUUACACUGUGCGGUAUUAUUUGCUAUCAAUGUUUCAUUUCAUAUUAGUCAAUUGCUGGUGGUAUCAUUUACAGUGAAUCUGUUUCUCUUUAUAUUAAUUCCUGGUCGUGUUAUGUGUGGAACAUUAAAUGUACUGAAAUUGAAUGAAUAA